UCGUAGCUAACGUUAGCUCUGGUGUCUGUAGCCCCCCCUGGUGUCUGAGUGUCGUCAUGGCGACCGCUAACGUCACCUUGGAGAACCAGCUCCAGAGCGCCCAGAAGAACCUCCUCUUCCUGCAGCAGAACCACGCCGUGACGCUGAAGGGUCUUCACGCCGAGGUCCGACGCCUGCAGCAGCAGUGCACGGAUCUGACGUACGAGCUCACGGUGAGAAGCUGCGACCCUUCAGGCAGCGGCGAGGAGCGCUGCCGGGCGCUGGCGCGGCGCUGCGGGGAGCUGGAGGCCGAGCUGAGGGCGAAGCGGGAGGAGAACGCCGAGCUCCUGCGGGAGCUGGAGCAGAAGAGCGCCCUGGUGGCCGUGCUGGAGAACAGCAUCAAGGAGCGGGAGAAGAAGUACCUGGAGGAGCUGAAGACCAAGAGCCACAAGAUGGCCGCGCUCUCGGGGGAGCUGGAGCAGCGGGCGGGCACCAUCGCCUACCUCACGUCGCAGCUGCACGCCACCAAGAAGAAGCUGCUGGCGGGCGGCGCGCGCCCGCCGACGUCAGGCCGUCCGGCUCCUCCAAGCCCCUUGGUUUUUCGGCCGUCCCGCACAAUCGACGGUAAAGACGCGGACUCCAAACGUCCGAUUGCGAAAAGUCACCGCAACGACGACAACAACAACCGCAAGCGACUGGAUCUUAACACCUGGUGGUCGCGCCGCCGCCGCCCUAGCCGCUAA